UUUUUCUCCGCAUGUGUUGCUGAUUUUCGUUUCGAAAUUGCGUAAAAACGUGAUCAUUUCGUGAAAAAGCAGUGCUUUAUUGUAAAAAAAAACUAAGAAUGCAACCGCAAAUAGUAUUAUUGAAGGAGGGUACUGAUACUUCUCAAGGAAAACCUCAACUUAUUUCCAAUAUUAACGCUUGUCAGUCAAUUGUAGAUGCGGUGCGUACCACGCUUGGCCCAAGGGGCAUGGACAAGUUGAUUGUGGAUAACAAUGGCAAAGCUACAAUCUCCAACGAUGGUGCUACUAUAAUGAAACUAUUGGAUAUUGUGCACCCGGCCGCGAGAACAUUGGUAGAUAUAGCGAAAUCGCAGGAUGCCGAAGUUGGAGAUGGAACUACCAGCGUAGUUCUAUUGGCUGGUGAAUUCCUCAAGCAAUUGAAACCCUACGUUGAAGAAGGAGUACAUCCUAGAAUUGUUAUCAAAGCUGUACGAAAGGCUCUUAGUUUGUGUGUUGCUAGAAUUAACGAACUGGCAUUCAAAAUCGAAAAGAGCGACGACGAAAAGCAUCGCGCUCUGCUAGAAAAAUGUGCAGCUACCGCAAUGAAUUCGAAAUUGAUUCACCAGCAAAAAGAUUUCUUCUCUAAAAUGGUUGUCGACGCUGUUACCACUUUGGACUCUUUACUUCCACUUAAUAUGAUCGGUAUAAAAAAAGUCAACGGUGGUGCUUUGGAGGAUUCUUUACUUGUUGAUGGGGUAGCUUUCAAGAAAACAUUUUCUUAUGCCGGUUUCGAGAUGCAACCUAAAUCUUACGACAAUGUAAAGAUUGCUCUUUUGAACAUUGAGUUGGAACUGAAAGCCGAACGUGACAAUGCUGAAGUUCGCGUUGAUAAUGUGAAAGAAUACCAAAAAGUUGUCGAUGCAGAAUGGCAGAUUCUGUAUGAUAAACUGGAGAAAAUUCAUAAAUCGGGAGCCCAAGUUGUCCUCUCUAAACUUCCGAUCGGUGAUGUAGCGACACAAUACUUUGCAGAUCGUGAUAUGUUCUGUGCUGGGCGUGUUCAGGAAGAAGAUCUGAAACGUACUCUCAAGGCUUGCGGAGGCGCUGUUAUGACAACGGUACAGGAUAUUGGCGAUAACGUUCUGGGAAAGUGUGCUCAUUUCGAAGAACGACAGGUUGGAGGAGAACGGUUUAACAUUUUCCAGGGCUGCCCUAAUGCGAAAACGUGCACGCUGAUCUUGCGUGGAGGUGCUGAGCAGUUCUUGGAAGAAACGGAACGCUCAUUGCAUGAUGCAAUUAUGAUUGUGAGACGCACGAUACGAAACGAUUCGGUUGUUGCUGGUGGUGGUGCUAUCGAGAUGGAACUAUCCAAAAUGCUGCGUGACUAUUCUCGUACCAUUGCUGGCAAAGAGCAGCUACUCAUUGGAGCAAUUGCAAAAGCUCUAGAAGUAAUACCUCGUCAGCUUUGCGAUAAUGCUGGGUUCGAUGCCACCAAUAUUCUCAAUAAACUGCGCCAGAAACAUGCCCAAGGCUGUCAGUGGUACGGUGUCGAUAUUCUUAAGGAACACAUUGCCGACAACUUUGAAGCGUUUGUUUGGGAACCAUCAGUGAUUAAAAUCAACGCUCUGACAGCGGCUUGCGAAGCAACCUGCAUGAUUCUGUCUGUGGAUGAGACUAUUAAGAGCCCCAAAUCCGCUGGAGGAGAUAUGCCACAGGCUCCAAUGGGUCGUGGAAUGGGCCGUCCGUUCUAAGUAUAUACAUUCGUUUUGAAUCUAAUAUCUAUCACUAAAGAAAAUUUUAAAAAUUAAUCAUCGCGUCACAAGUUUCGAAUUGCCGUUCGAUAAGAUACUAACUCCGCCUAACUGACAUAAUCAUCCUUUACGUUACUUAUGAAAACCGCUUAUAAUUUAAAAUAAUGCCACAAACGAAAUUAAACUAUUGAAUUAAGUUCGUAUGU